AAGAAAUCAAGCGGAAAAAUGGUUUCACCGGGGAAAAUAGGAUAUUGUCUGGUUUGCGUUGGGAUUAUUGUAUAUGGAAUUUGGGACUACUUAUCUAAUUUUGAGCAGAAUAAAUGUCUAAUGACAUACAUGUUUGAAAUGCCAGAAUACAUCCAACUACCAUUGGGAAAGAGACUGAAGGAAAACUAUCCAAGAUACAGACUGUUUAUCUAUGGUGAAGGCCAGUAUGCAAGAAAAUUAGAAUCAAAGAGGAAGGUUCCUGUGAAUGGUGUUCCUGUCCUAUUUAUACCAGGAAAUGCUGGGAGUUAUAGACAAGCACGUUCUUUAGCAUCUGUAGCUCACAGAAGAGCCAACGAUAAAAGAUUUUCAUUCCACUUCAAUUAUUUUACAAUUGACUUUAAUGAGGAAUUGUCAGCAUUGUACGGAGGAAUGUUGCAAUCUCAGACAGAAUUUGUACAUGAAUGUGUAAAGAAAAUAUUGUCCUUAUAUGAAUCCAAUAAGCCUACUUCAGUUGUAUUGGUUGGUCACUCCAUGGGUGGAAUGAUUGCCAGGGCAUUGUUUACUUUACCAGAGUUUGACCAGAAUUCUGUCAACACUAUAAUAACACAGGCUACACCUCACCAAGCCCCAGUGAUCUCCCUUGACAGAAUGAUUGCCACAUACUACAGCAGAGUAAACAAUUAUUGGAGGACACACAGUAAUACUACAUUGAAGCAUGUGACUGUGGUAUCCACAGGAGGCGGUUAUAGAGAUGUUCUGGUCAGAAAUGAAUUAACAUCUCUUAGAGGAAUAGCAGACCCAGACUUAUCUAUCAGUACCUCUACAAUGUCAGUGCCCAAUGCAUGGGUAUCUACAGAUCAUUUGUGUGCUGUUUGGUGUAAGCAGAUGGUAAUGUUGACUAAGAGGGCUAUGUUUGAUAUAAUAGAUCCAGCUACAUUACAGGUCACUAUUAACACUAAUGAAAGAAUGAAUGUUUUUAAACAUCAUUUUCUGUCAAAUCCUGGUACAAAGAAAAUUCCUGAAUAUUGGAGGGAUGAAAUACUACUGUAUGAAGAAAUCCCAUGGGUUGUCAAGAAAGAAAAGACAUGGGAAUUUGCGAAGAAAAGGGUGCUGGAAGACUAUUAUUAUGCUGUGCCUAUGGAUCUAGAGGAUGUUAAUUCCUUUGUGGCCAUCAGUAAUGUGGACCUUCAAGACUGGAUUUGUAUUUGUAAAAUAGAAAGAAAUGAAGAAAGAUGUAAGACGUGUAAAAGUUUAUCACAGAAAGGAAAAAUUAUUCCUCCAUUUGAUUCUUACAGAAAAAUUAUUCAUAUAGACUAUAAAGAUUAUCCAGAGAUGACACAUGUUGUUUUGAUUAUAACAUCUGGUCCAAAUCAGGUUAGAACUGGCCUAAAUCAGGUUAGAACUGGCCCAAAUCAGGUUGAGGUGAUGGGUGAUUCCUAUAACAAAGAUUACAGACAUCUGUCUUAUAAACUGCCUUCAGUUCCAGACAUAUUGAUGACCUAUCCAGAGAGUGUCACAAAGGGAGUCAGUGUUCUCACAUUAUAUAAUGAUUCCCUUUUUUACAAUUUACAACUGAAAGGAUUGGACAGUGUACUGAGAGCUUAUACUGCUAAACUUGUACCUAAACACUGCACUUCUAAUAAAGAUUUACAUGAAGGAAAUAUGAUGUCAUUACAUGUUCCUUGGAGUCAAGAAGAUGUUUAUUCAUUUAGCAGGCUAAAUGAAAUAGGAAACCUGUCUAUAAAACUGCAGAGUCUAGCAUCACCAGUGGAGGAUAAUAAUGAAAGUGUAGAGCUAAGAAUUUAUAAAGAUCCAACGUGUUCCUAUCAGUUAAAAAUUAUAGCAUCGCCUACAGAAAGUCUUGGCCAGUUUAUAAGAUUCUACGGUAAAUUGUUUCCAAGCUUUAUGUUGGCCAUAGUAUUGAUGGGUUUGGUGUUCCAGCUUCACCAGAUUAGAAGAGAAAGAAAAUGUCCUGAUAUCAUUGAGGCUAUUGCAUCAUUUGGAGCUCCAUUUAAAAUCUUACCAGUUGUUGUUAUUUUCCGUUUCAUUCUUAACAAUGAAAGUUUUGAAGGAUUAAUAACCAGGUUUGGACUACCGCAAGAAGACGGUAGAGAACUGACCAAGAGUGGUUUAUAUUCAGCAACAUUACCAUUGAUGUUAUAUAUCAUAUCCCUGGGUGUUGUCAAUGUUCAUUGCUACCUGCUAAUCAUGGCAUUGAACAUCAUCAGUAAGGUUGCUGCAGUUUUAUUUGGAUGGAUUCCAUCCCUUUUAUUUACUUUUUGUGAGAAGAUAAAAGUUAUACUGCUCAUACUAGCAAUAUUGACAUCUUGUAUACUGUGUGGAAGUUUGGGGAUCAUCAUAUCUUACAUUUGUUUUGUGUUACAGCUAGCAAGACUUUGUCACUUAGCAAGAGUAUUAAAACAUAGAAAUGAUACUACAAAAUUUAAUUUAGGUGUUACUAUACUACUAAUAUACUUGUGGGUAGUUGCACUUAGUUUUCCUGCUUCAAUUUCCUGGGCUAAAAAUAUGAGGUAUACAUUUAUCCUGCCAGAUGAUUCUAACAAGUUGAUGUCAGUUUUGUCAGUUCUGUCCAUCUCUUGUCUUGUAGUAUUAGACAAUCCUAUUUCAGCCAGAGAAAGCUAUUUAUAUGUAGCUCCAGCAGUAUACGUGGUCAAUGUGUUAUUGCUACUAUAUGGAAUGGUAUCAUUGUACAGAAUAGUUUAUGCAGUUACUUCUGUCUUACUGGGGUUAGCAGUAACAAGGAUGGUAUAUUAUUUCAAACAUGGACAACACAUAGAUAUAGGACAAGAUAAAUCAGACUAAUCAUUAACAUGUACUAAAUAAAAGCAUUAUUAUACAA